AUGGCGACUCGAAAACAUAUGACAAAGGAUGGCGGGCUACUGUAGGAGCAGUAGCUACCUCGAGACCUCGCCAAAGGGUAGCAGCUCCAUUUAAGCUCAUCAGCCAACUCUCAGGCGAGACCAGGCAGUUUUUAUCACCAGCGAGAGGACUCGGUGCGGCCCGACCCUGCAGACUGUUCGGUUGUUUUUUAAAGUCAUUCCGGCUGUUGACACAACCAAAGGUUUUAGUCGUUAAGGGCACGAUGAUGACGGACUCUUUGAAACUUUGGAUCAAUACCAACACAUGUGUAAACAAUGAUCAGAUGGGGCGACGACAUUUGCUGUUGAUGUCUGCUUUUUGUUGAGAUAAUUACUGGGAAUAAAAAGCCAUGUCUACACAUGGAGGAUGGGCUCGAUUGCUUCGGUGCUACAGUGGCAUUGCUCGGAGUGCUCUCUGAUAAACCCAACGGAGGCUUCCCAAUGUGCUCGCUGCGGCCUAACGCGAGUCAAGAGCGAUGAGAGAGCUGCGCCGACGUAUAUCCUCCUUCGCGAUUCCCUGGCCCAGUGCCCAAGUAGCCCGAGGAUUACUACCAGAUCUAACUCUUCCUCGGGAUCCUCAAGUCCUCCAACACCACCGCCGAGGCAUUGGAGCAUUACAGCUAGUAGCAGCAACACCACUACCGUUGCCACCAACGAUAACUCAAAUUCAAGACUAUUUAGUAUUGUCUGUGGUGCCUUGGUCACAAGUGAGCCAAAGGAGCCUGUCAUAUUGCCACCUGCCCUACUUAUCCAAUACAGUCAUAAUGAAACUUUCAUAGUAUUGAGUGAUAACAAAGAUAAUUUAGACUCCAAUUACACUCCAGAGAAACGAAGAGGCUCUUGGUCUGGAACCCUGAAGCCAAGAUCAACACUGGUUAAAACACCAUCCUUACCAUCAUUGGUGACCCAGUGGACAUGUAUACGAUGUCUGCUAGAUAAUAACUGUAGAGCUGCACCUGUCUGUGCAGCCUGUGGCGCGAGUUCCUCGAUAGCGCAGACUGAAGCUACUCAAAUCGGAGUAAGAAAGUGUCGGAGGCUGAAUACCAGAAAGAGCAAUGUACCAAAGCCAGCCACUAAAUUAAACCUUGUGACUAAAGUGACUACUGGCUCUGUGACGCGUGUUCUUGAUACCAGUACUAAUAAUGUGAAGAUAUCAAUGAGAGAUUGUAAUAGUAAAUUUGAAGGCAUGGCCCAAUUAACAAGUAUGAGCCGAAGCGAGCGAUCCCGUAGCAAUAACCGCGACGAUUGGAGUCUGCCUUCAGUGGAGGGUAUGCACUCUGGUACUUCGGCCAGCUACAUCGAUAGUGGUAUCGACAAUCCAACCCACUCGUCGCAACGCUCACCAAAGCGUCACAGUCCGUCAAUGUAUGAGAGAGUUAAAUCGAAAGUGAGUCGUUCGUUGUCGAACGGCUCGGUAGUGCAGAAACUUGACACGGCUGCUCGACCAACCAGUCUCAUCGUUGCCGAAAUGAGCCACCACGACAAUGGGCUAUGGAGUUGCGAUAAUUGCACUUUGGACAAUGAUCCCGGUUUAGAACAGUGUGAAGCUUGCGAGGCGCCAAGAAGUCCGGCACCCUGCAGUGGUGUUGUUAUUAGCGUGCCUGCUUGGGAACCUAGAGCACUCGCUGCUGCUGGUCCUUUGAAUUAUCGACGAUCAUUUUCGGAAAUAGACUCAGUAGCAAACAAUGUAAGUCAGCGCAAAGCAGCAAAUCGACGGAGCCUAAAUGAUGACGAGCCUCCAGCAGUACCACCUCACUCAGCAGGCUUUAACAGCAACAGAACGAGAUACUCGUACAUCGGUAUUACUGACCCGGACGUACCACCGCCACUACCAAAGAAACAAGGCUCCAAAAUGGCACAUACUGCUACUCAUCAACAACACCAACAAGCACGUAGUGAAUCCACCAGUCCUGUGGUCAAUGCCAGUGAUCCGUCGCUUAGUCCGUUGAAAAGGAUGUGGACUUGCAGAAAAUGCUCCUACGGAUACAAUCCUUUAUGGUCGUCCAGUUGUGAUAUUUGUAAUUCGUCUAGGUCGCCUGCCUCCGUUUCUCAGUCAAGCCUGAUUUCUACGUCCAAUUCUGCUGGCAAAUAUAGUUCAAACUCACGGAACCAACUGCAAUCGCCGAUAGCCAUAUCACGCGACAGUGUGCGCUACGUGCCGAAUAAAGCAGCGACCUUGGCCACUGCCGAAUCCGACCUGGACGACUCGCCUGAACGUAUCGCUUCGUGGACUUGCAAAAAGUGUACUCUGCUUAAUCCCGUAUCACGUGCUACUUGCGAAGCAUGCGGUGGUUCGAAGUUACGCAGUGUCAGCUCUCAUCUCGAAGAUCCAACGUUAAGACGAGGCGAAUUUUGGGUUUGUCCUUCGUGCACACUAAGAAAUCCGUUGAGUGCUCAAACAUGCCAGGCGUGUAAGAAUUUGGCGGAUUUUUUGGAGCUGCCGCCAGUUAGGGAGGUGAGGGUAGCCAAUACACAUCAUCAACAGGUGCCGCAAAGAAGUCCUAGUCCAAGAUUGGCCAGUGCCGUAGUGAACGCUGUCGCUAGUCCUAUACAGAAAAUCGUAACGCCUAGACAUAGGAAUUCAGUUAGGAAAAAUGGUCCCAACUCUGCGUCUGGUGCCGGAGACAAAAGGCAUUUGAAAAGUAGAGAUUCGAACGCGUUGUGGCAAUGCAAGCUAUGCACAUACGAAAACAAAAACAGCAGUGUCAAUUGCGAGAUGUGCCAAAGCUCAAAGACCCUAUCUCAACUAGUGAGUGAAAGACCGAGAAUCCUACACGAACCCAGUACUAACACCCUGAGGAUACAGCGUCAAGAGAGCGUGGUUAUGGAGAACCUGCGACAAAUUGAGGAAAGGGAGGCACUCGAAUCUUGGGAGAGAAUUGUUAGGUACUGCAAAGAGACAAACGAACCAUUUGUGGACGACUCGUUUCCACCAGCACCAAAGUCACUGUAUUACAACCCCGCGGAGACGAAAGAUAACCACGUGGUACAAUGGAAACGGCCACACCAAAUAAAUGUAGAUUCAAGCGUCGAUGCUGAUCUGCCCUGGGCAGUAUUUCGUACUCCUUUGCCAUCCGAUAUAUCGCAGGGUGUACUUGGUAACUGUUGGUUGCUUUCCGCUUUAGCUGUCUUAGCUGAAAGUGACGAGUUAGUCAAAAGGGUUCUGGUCAUGCGAGAAACUUGUCCUGAGGGAGCUUAUCAAGUCAGAUUAUGUAAAGAUGGUAAAUGGACCACUGUUCUAGUUGAUGAUUUGCUGCCCUGUGAUAAAAGAGGACAUCUUGUCUACUCUCAAGCCAAGCGAAAACAGCUUUGGGUACCGUUAAUCGAGAAAGCUGUAGCAAAAUUACAUGGUUGCUACGAGGCUUUAGUGUCGGGCCGAGCGAUCGAAGGUUUAGCGACGUUAACCGGUGCUCCAUGCGAAAGUGUGCCUUUACAGCCAUCGGCACUACCCAGUGAAGACGAGCUUGACAAGGACCUGAUUUGGGCGCAGCUGCUAUCAUCAAGACAAGCUAUGUUUCUCAUGGGCGCUAGCUGUGGUGGUGGCAAUAUGAAAGUCGACGAGGAAGAAUAUCAAAGGAAAGGUCUACGACCAAGGCAUGCAUAUUCAGUGCUGGACGUCCGCGAUGUACAGGGAAUCAGACUACUGCGUUUAAGAAACCCAUGGGGUCACUACAGUUGGAAAGGCGAUUGGUCAGACGACAGUCCUAUUUGGACACCUCAAAUGCGUGAAAUGCUAAUGCCGCACGGUGCUUCAGAUGGCGUAUUUUGGAUUUCAUUUGACGACGUGCUUAGAUAUUUUGAUUGCAUUGAUAUCUGCAAGACUCGCGUCGGCUGGAGUGAGGUCAGACUACGUGGGACACUGCCGCCGCUUUCGUCCCUUAGGCAUUUAUCGUGUGUUCUACUCACGGUGCUCGAACCUACUGAGACUGAGUUUACCUUAUUUCAAGAGGGACAAAGAAACUCGGAAAAGUCGCAACGUUCCCAACUGGACCUUUGCGUUGUAGUUUUCCGCACACGAUCGCCAGCAGCUCCUGAAGUUGGUCGAUUAGUAGAACACAGCAAACGACAAGUGCGAGGUUUUGUCGGUUGCCAUAAGAUGCUUGAAAGUGACUUAUAUAUCGUGGUGUGUUUGGCUUUCAAUCACUGGCAUACUGGGAUGGAGGAUACGAGUAAUUAUCCUGAAUACGUACUGGCAAUACACAGUUCUAAGAGGCUUCUUGUCGAGCAGAUUUCGCCACCUGCUUUCGUACUUGCCGAUGCCAUUAUUAGUCUUACUUUAGCCAAAGGCCAGCGACACGAGGGCAGAGAAGGUAUGACGGCUUAUUAUUUGACCAAAGGGUGGGCAGGUUUAGUUGUAAUGGUAGAGAAUCGCCACGCCAAUAAGUGGAUCCACGUUAAAUGCGACUGCCACGAGAGCUACAAUGUUGUCUCUACAAGGGGACAACUACGAACUGUCGACAGCGUUCCUCCACUUCAUAGACAAGUUAUAAUAGUGCUAACUCAACUCGAAGGCAGCGGUGGGUUCUCGAUAGCUCACCGGCUGACUCACCGACUAGCAAACAGUGGUAAUUUACACGACUGGGGUCCUCCAGACACAGAACACUGUCCUCCUAUCGACACGCAAGUCGAAGGUCUUCACAGUCCUCGUCUCAUAACUUGAGGAAGUUUGCCAAGUCGUUGGUCCUUCGAGAUGAAAUUGUUCGCUUCGUGCUUACGAAGCUUCAAUGCGAAUACCAAAGUGAAAGGAUAUUACAUAACUAUUGCUCUUUAUUUAUAGGGUCUUUUUCAAACAAAUAUACAGAUAAUAACUGCCCGAUUUUAUCAAGUCGACUUUUAUCGCUGUGGCCUGUGUGUAUACAGAGUAUUUAUCGCGCGUCACUUUGUGACGGAUAGAGGAAAAAACAAACAAAUUGUAUUUCUUCAAAUGAUUAAUCAAGCUUGCCCUUAUUGUCGAACGUGAAGCAAUGACGGUCAAAUUUUAUAAUAAUGAUACUCUCAGAAGUGUGAAGCAAGCAUUAAAAAAAAGAAAAAAAAUGAACGGGUUCGAAAUGAAUUGCUCGCGCAAAUUAGCCUCUCAAAUAGUUGUAUUAACCAACCAUGAACUUGCUAUAUAUACAAUAAAAAAUUAUUUUCUCAAUGUAAAUGUAAGUGUUGUAAGAAAAAAAUGAAGUGACGGUCAGAGAGGAGUUGCCGAGCUUAAUCGGCAAUAAAUGCGUGAGAUACGACAAAACAUGUAAAAGAUAAAAAUGUAAUAAAAAAAUAGAAAAUAAUAUAUAUUUAGGGAGCAUUAGAGAUCAGUGCAUUCCGCAGUGAAUUGUGUCGAAUGAAUUACAUGUAGAAAUGUAGCGUCUUGAAAAUAUUAAAGUUGAUUAUCUAUUUAAACGAGCGAACUUUGCACUUGAAAAAAUUUUUCAACUAAGACAAGUAUCUACUGAUGAGUAUGUAUUUCUUCAUGCAUACAUAUGUACAUACUUGUUCAACUUUUUAGUGCGAAAGUUCUUUAAACUUUGUUCAUAAGAAAGUGUUAAAAUAUUAAAUAGAUACUCGACCUCGAAAUCAAGCGACUGAUCUGCAAAAAAAUUAUUUGAUUGAAUUAAUGAAAAACAUUGUACAAUUGACGUUUUUAGAAAGUUAUAAGCAGGAUGAAAAACAAAGCUUAUGCUUAAAAUGGAACUAGAUUUUCCUUGUCAAAUCAAACGUUACUUUGACAUUUUAAAAAGUACAUAGGGACAAUUGAUCUUGACAAUUUUUCACUGCCAGAUUAAAUAUGUGGAGUUAAAUGGUGGCUGAAUUUUUUAUUAAUCGUAUCUCAAGUACGCAUUAUCGAUCGACCUAAAACAACUAAUAGUGUACAAAACAAAAUGCACACUCAGUUCUGCUACGAAACGGCGCCUAGUCAUGUUGUACUCGAAAGAAGAGGACAUUGCAUAAUACUCAACAGACACACACGCACACGUGCGCAUACUCACACGUACACACGCGCGCGCGCACAAGGGAAUCUCAUUUUAGCUGAAUUUAAUCCUCUUGUAGUAUGAAUGCAUUCGAAUGUUUAUGGUUUCACGAAGCACUCGAUCACUAAAAAAAAACACUUCCUGAAAUCAACCUUUUUGUGCCUGGCCAAGUAAAUAACGAAAAAAUUCUGAAGGUUAGCGAGGUAUCUUGUCCCAUUGUAUUCUUCUAAUUAAUCGAUGUACGCAGCACAAUUAAUACUUCGAACGUAAUCUUGCUAAAUGAUUUACGGUGUACAUACUGUAACAUCGAGAAAUGAUAAUCUUUCUAUGUCAUUUUAUCAUUAUUUAGUAUUCUGAUAUUGUUUAGUAAAAGUUAUCAAUUUCCCUUUUUUUGUUUUUAUUUAAGCUAGACAAUAGAAUCAAUAUUUACCCAAGAGUUGGCAUGUAAAAGAGUUGUUGAAAUAUUAUACGUUUCUUAUUUUAAUGUCUAGUAUAAAAUUGAGUGAUCUCUCUGUAAAACUUCCAAAAAGUGUAUCUUCUAACUUUAUAUUAUUGUAAAUGCGAAGCUAAUUUUAUAAGAUGCAAAAUAACAUUCUAUCCCGUUUAGUUCAAAGAGAUAAGUUUCUUUUCUGUUAAAUAAAACAAAAUCUAAAAUGAGUGAUAUUUCUUUGACGAUUAGCAUUAUCGCAUUGAAUUGUAAAAAAUAACAUGGAUGUGUAUUAUAUUUUGUACGUUCCUCGAGCUAGAUGAAAACAAAAGAGACGUGCAAUGCUAAGGGCUAUAUGCAAUCAGUAUUCUAAGAGAAAACAUUAGACAAUUACCAAUUAGCAUAAUUGUUUAUUAUUUUACUGUUUUACAUAUCAAUGAUUGUAGCAACAUGAUAAUAUCUUAUUUAUGUAAUUUGAUAGACAAAGAAUGUUUUUUAUUUCUCUGAUCUUCGAAUAAUCACCUAACACGUUUUUAUUUAGAUCUAAUUUUUAUGGCAUUGUUUUAAUAUUAGUUACUUAUACAAAUCCAUACUAAACGAAAUUAAGCUUAAAACUUCAUGUAUUAUUGUUUGCAACUCGAAAAUUUGUUGAACGUUAAAUAAUUAUAAAUUUAAUUUUAGGUCUGUUGUGGUUUUAACGAUUUUUCAAAAAAAAAAUGAUAUUUCAAUUAUUAUGGUAAACUUAGAAUUAAAGAUGGAAAAUGAUCUCACGCUAUUUACAACGAUAUUUUAUUUAUGUACUAAUCUUCACACACGAAAAAACAAAUGUGAAGUUUUAUUGAAAAAUUAUUCAAAAAUAAAUUGAUCGUAGUUGAAUCUCAUUAUAUCUUACAAUUUUGUGUUUUUGUAAUUCACCCAAUGCGUAACAAAAAUAUACGUUAUUGGCUUUUCUCCGAGAGUGGAUGUUCAGUAGGAUCUUGCCUGAUCUUGGCCUAACGUUUGCUUUAGUGUUCGAUGUAGUUAAAAAGCCUGAUAGAGGAACUACGAGACAAAUAUGGUAAAUGAAAAUAAUUAAUUGACGAAAGGAAAUUUUAUAAAAAAUACACACAACAGCUUGCGAUAUGUUCUGGAUUCAGUGGCCUUCGUUUUUAAUACUAAAUGCAGCAGAAUACAAAUGAAAUAACACUACCCCAGUACUGUUGUUUAAAUAAUAAACCAUGGGGAAAUAAAUAUCUAAAAAAGCAUGCAAUUGGUGGAUACAAAAACGACGCAAAUUACGCAUAAACUGAAGUAUUUUUAAACAAAGGAAAAGAAUGUAAUAUACUAGCGAAUUUGAGUUUCGAUCGUAGCUUUAAAAAUCGAACAGCUUAUUUAUGAAACAUUUCUGCUUACGUUUAUUAUAAAGAUGUCCUCUUAUAUAUUUAGAAAAAUCUAGAUAAUCAUAAGAAAAGUUACAUUUAAAAGUAACAUAAGCUGAUAAUAGAAAGCUGGAAAGAGGCAUUCGUAAUGAUGGAUUCAUUCCACGCAAUUAGAAAGUAGAUUAAAAAUGAAGCACCGAAUUAAAAGCUACAUUCUUUAUUUUGCGAAUGUCACUGGAGUCCAAAUGCAAGUUGAUUUAUGCAACUACUAAUAUUAUCAAAUUGAACUAUUUUAUAAAUAAUUACGCUUCUCAUUACUGAUUAAUGGAGCUUUUGUAAAUAAAUGCGAUCACCUUUUAUGGAAUGUUUUUAUCUUAUAUAAUUAUCGAAUUCAAUGAGUCUGCUACCUUUUGCUGCGUAAACUCAUGUAUACCUUUUGUUUAUUUCAUAUCAUCGCGAGCUUCAUCACUACAAAAACAAUAAUUUUUAAAAAUAAUAAAAGACGUUGAAAUGCUAAUAAGAAUAAUAACAUUUUAAAGAGACCGAAACCAACAUAAGAAGCUGAGAAAAUCGAUUUCAAAGAAGUUCAGUUUGUGAAUUCAGGCUGAAUUAAACGUCGUGAUAGUUAUUGUAAACAUUAAUUUACCUGUUACAUGAUAAUUUUAAGUAACUGACCAAUUUUUAAAAUCCAUGAUACAAAAAUUGUUUUAUCCCAAUACGACAAUAAAAACGAAUAUAUGGCAAUUUUAAUUGAAAAUGGAUAAUGCAAAUGAUCCAAAUUGAAAAGUCGACAAUUUAUCCAGCUAUAAAGAAAAGAAAAGUAUUCACAUGCUAGCAAGUUUUACUUAGUCGUAUAUUCUAUCUGUAAGAACAAUAAGGUGUUUCCUUGUAAUCUAUAUGUACCAUAGAGGACAUAACGGAAAAAAACAAACUAAAGUCGUGUCAUUUCACAAUCAUUGUGUAUAUAAAAGGAUAGAGAGGGAGGGAGAGAGAGAGAGAGAGAGAGAGAGAGAGAGAGAGAGAGAGAGAGAGAGAAGGUUCAAAAUAAUAAACAAAAAGAAGAAAUAGAACAAAGAGCAGAUUUUCACUACAACAAAUUACAAACAAAUAUAUUGCGUACAAGGUGUCUUCUAAAUUCGCGAAAAUUGUGAUUAUAAAAUAUAAUAAAUAAUAAUACAUACAUUUAGUAAGUAAUACAUAAUAUUAACGAUAAAGCAACAUGAUUUUAUUUGAGAAUUCCGAGUGUCUACAAAAAUUGCCCUCUGAAUAUGUGACGGUGUACAAAAAAAAUAAUAGUUUUUUUUCUCUCAAGUGACGUUGAAAAUUUAUUCCUUCAAACGUAUAUAUCGCCAUAUGCAGAAAAGAAAACGAAGAAUGAAAACAAAGCGAAAUGUGAUCUUUGGAGUGCAAAUCAAGGGAACACGAGAGAACAAAAAAAAAACAAAUAUUGUAUAAAAACGGAGGCUUAGGGUACAAGACGACUUUUUCGAGAGAACGCGUGAGCGUGUUGGCAGGCAAAGAGAGGGCGGAAAAAAGAGAGUUAAUGUAUAUCCACAUUCGAAAAAGUUCAAUAAUUAAAAAUAAUGAGCGCGAGAUAAGGGGAGAGAAUAAAAUAAAAAUGAUACAGUAACGAUUUUACAAGUAUCUCGUAUUGAAAUUCACGAGAGUAAGCAGCAAUCAAUUAAUGUGAUAGUUUCGCGAAUCUAUUCGGUGAAUAAUGAAAAAGGGGGGAUAUGGAAACAAGUAAAAAGAAAUAAAAAAUAUAGAAGAGGGAAAGAUAAUUUUUGUUUUCCACAUCUUACUGUGACUAUGCGAGAAAGAGAGAGAGAGAGAGAGAGAGAGAGAGAGAGAGAGAGAGAGAGAGAGAGAGAGAGAGAGAGAAAUAUUAGCGAGUUGAAAGAAUCUUUGAUUGUGAAUAUAUAUAAAUAAAUAAAAUUGAUAAACGAGAGAUGACGUAUUAUAUAUAUAUAUAUACACACAUACACACACAUACACAUACACACACGAUAUUUAUUAUAUAUAGAAGAAAAUUGUGUUGUCCUUUGAUUUGUAUCUAGUAGGCAUAUUUAAUAAUA